AACAGCCUACGGUUAAGCGAAGCGGUCAAAUCGAAUCCGUUUUGCUCCCGAGUGGCGUCGUGCACGACCGUAGUGGCCACGAUAGCAGAGCAAACUUGUGCCGCAAGACUUGAUUAACUGAAGCGAGAAACCGACGUACGAUGGAGCAGCUACCGGAAGAUCCGCCAUUGAUGCGCUGCCUGUCCCGCAAACGCUGGACCCUCGGGAAGUUCGUGACAACCCGGUUUUACCCGGUCGCGGUCGUGGUGGGGCCGCACACCAGCAUCGCCACCCAGGUGAUGCUGCACACCGGGGAGGUGGUGGGCACACCGUUCGCCUGCUUGCGCGAGCUGCUGCCGCCAACGGAUGUGAAUUGCAAUGUGGCCAACGGCAAGUGUGUGAUUGUCAUCCAUGGACGCCUGAAAGGGAUGUUCGGGCGGGUGAUUGGGUCCUUUGCAAGCCGGCUGAUCGUGCGCAACUGCCACGGGUCGGCACCGGUGAAGGCCAGGCGCUGUACGAACAUCGAAACGUUCCUCUUUACCGUCAACUGUGCGAACGUGCUGAAGCAGUGCGACGGAUCGCACGCCGCCAUCAAGACGUUGGCCCGCAAAUUAUUUCCACUGCCAACACCGCUGCCCAUCAUCCCGGAGGAAUCGGAGUCGAGUGAUGAUGAGGAGGAGGACGAUUCCGAAAUCGUAUCAAGCAACACCCAAGACGACGAACAGGAAGAACAGGAUGACGACAACGACGACGGUGAAACCUGUUCCUGCCAGGGCAAUUGCUCAGUAAUGUAA